AUUAUUAGCGGGGCAACUUGGACCUCCGAAUUGGAUGGAACGUUCACGAAAAACUUUCAAGAUGACCCUGACCUCUCCUGGCAGGUUUUCGCCAGUUCCGCUGGUUUCAUGAGGAUUUUUCCAGGUUUUAGGUGGCCGAGCCAUCAGGAGGAUGACGUUGAUUUGUACGACUGCCGCCUCCAACCAUGGUACAUAAGAGCUGCAAAUAGCCCGAAGAACGCGAUAAUUUUGAUCGACAGUAGUGGCAGCAUGAGAGGUCUGAGACGAGAAAUCGCGAGGACAACAGUGGAAAAAAUUGUGGAAACGUUUGGUGUCGAUGACUUUUUCAACGUU